CUUCCCCCGUGGUGCUGCUGAGGAUGCUUCCUGAAACUUGCGGGUCCUAGGCCCUCCCUCUUUGUAACUCCACCCUGAAGAUCACUUUCCUCCAGCAUCUACCUAAGGGACUUUCCUGCUACAACAUCCUAAAGGAAACCCAAGUUCAAGAGGUGGGGCCCCAACCAUUUUGAAAGCGGAUCUUCUGGCCUUACUGAAGCCUUCAGAUGAUGGCAGGCUCAGCUGACAUCUGUCUGCAACCCUAUGAGCCAGAACUGCAUGGUCAAGCCCCGCCCCCCCCACGAAAAAUAAUAAAUGAUUAUUUCUUCUUAAACCACUCAGUUUGGGGGGUGAUUUUUACACAGCCUUAACUAACUAGUACACUCUAUCAAGUCUGCUUUUCUCUAGGUCUACCCAGUCCUUGUAAAUGGAAAUAACAUUCACACAGUUGUAAUAAUGUAAAUGAAUUGUUUUUCUGGCAGAUUCUUGGGCUCUGCCUCAGGCCUUUGGAAUCAGAAUCUCUGAGGUUGGCACCCAGAAAUCUAGGGCACUUUUAAACUGAGUUUUUGGGUGCUCCUCAAUAUUUGAGAAACUUAGUUAUGGAAAAGGGGGCAGACAGAGAGACACUGCAAAUUAUUUUUAUGCUUUUUCAAUGGUGGUAGGGCUGUGGACUUUGUGUGUGUGUGUUUCAGGAUUUUCCAAAUAAAACAAUAGGAAUCCGGGGUCCUGACACUUUGGCAGUCCCACUUAAUAUGGGGCAGAAGACGUCUAGUCUGACCCUCUCUUCCUUCCCCCAGACCUUUCACAAACGCCCCGCCCAUACAUUUGUUUGCCCCAGAAAACUCUUGUGGUUAAUGAGUCACAGAAAAAAGGAAGUGCAAGUUAUAAGUAAAAGCGACAAUAGCUAAAGAAUGGGUAAGGGAGGGGCGCACGAGACUCUCCACCAACACCGAAGUCGGUAGGCACGCCAAUACUUCCGGCGACCCUACUAAAAUAUUUGGCACAUUCCUCCCAAGAUACCACCCAUCACUCCCACAUCACCCACCAAGAAACUUCGUGUCUUAGUCACCUCGCAAACCUGGAAGUGGGCAGUGAACAGGGCGCAGUCUCCGGGAAGCAAACGGAGCCGCAGGACGCCUGGGUCCACACGGGUACCCAGAGAUGUCUCCGCCACCACUGCUGCUACUGCUACCGUUGCUGACCAUGGAGCCCACUGGAGCCACGUUGAUCCGGAUCCCACUUCGCAGAGUCUACACUGGACUCAGGGCCCUGAACCCACUGAGGGGAUGGGAUAAGCCAGCAGAGCCCCCCAGGUUGGGGGCUCCAUCCCCUGGGGACAAGGACUUCUUUGUGCCUCUCUCCAACUACAUGAACGCCCAGUAUUACGGGGAAAUUGGGCUGGGAACGCCCCCACAAAACUUCUCUGUCGUCUUUGACACUGGUUCCUCCAAUCUCUGGGUCCCGUCCGUGAGAUGCCACUUCUUCAGUCUGCCCUGCUGGCUCCACCACCGCUUCAACCCCAAAGCCUCCAGCUCCUUCCGGCCCAAUGGGACCAAGUUUGCCAUUCAAUACGGAACCGGCCGCCUAGACGGCAUCCUGAGUGAGGACAAGCUGACUAUUGGGGGAAUCACAGGUGCAUCGGUGAUUUUUGGGGAGGCUCUGUGGGAGCCCAGCCUGGCCUUCACAUUUGCCCACUUCGAUGGGGUAUUGGGCCUCGGUUUUCCCGUUCUGGCUGUGGGAGGAGUUCGGCCCCCGCUGGAUAGACUGGUGGACCAGGGGCUUCUGGAUAAGCCUGUCUUCUCCUUAUACCUCAACAGGGACCCUGAGGCAGCGGAUGGCGGAGAGCUGGUCCUGGGUGGCUCGGACCCAGCACACUACAUUCCACCCCUCACCUUCGUGUCAGUCACGAUCCCUGCCUACUGGCAGAUCCACAUGGAGAGUGUGGAGGUUGGCACAGGGCUGACUCUUUGCGCCUGGGGCUGUGCUGCCAUUCUGGACACAGGCACGUCUCUCAUCACGGGACCCACUGAGGAGAUCCGGGCCCUGCAGGCAGCCACUGGGGGAGUCCCCCUGCUAAUGGGGGAGUACCUCAUCCAGUGCUCGAAAAUCCCAACGCUCCCCCCAGUCUCCUUCCUCCUUGGCGGGGUCUGGUUUAACCUCACGGCCCAGGACUACGUCAUCCAGAUUGCUCGGGGUGGCGUCCGUCUCUGCUUGUCUGGCUUCCAGGCUCUGGACGUACCUCCGCCCGCAGGGCCCCUCUGGAUCCUCGGCGAUGUCUUCUUGGGCAGCUACGUGGCCGUCUUCGACCGUGGCGACAGGAAAAGCGGGGCGCGAGUGGGGCUUGCGCGCGCUCGAGCUCGUGGAUCAGGACAGUGAAGGGAUGAGCUUGCGCAGGCGCACUUCUCCGGUUGA